AUGGGUGCCAAAGUUGACUUGCCUUCAGGUCAGGGUUCCUGGGUCUUUAAAAUCCACGGCCAAAUCUACGACUACUCCGGUCCUCUUCAUCUCGCCCCUAGGGCGCCGCGAUCGUACUGCCAGCUGUACAUUCUGGACACGGCACAAAUAGCCGCGGAGCGUCUCGGUCACCCUGCGAACUCGAAAUGUAAUUCCGACGUGAUGCGAUCGUUAAGUGCACUAAUACACCGUGUUAAUUCCUUCGCUCGAUCCUUCAAGAUGAUGGAUGAGGUGCUUAGGCCUGGCUUCAAUCCGAUUCAUCACGGAGGCCCAUUUACGCAGCAGUUCAUUGCCGACGCUUGGGUUAUGACGGAGCAGAACCGCUUCAACUACAUCCGCACUCAUCAAGCCGACCUUCGAGCGGAUACGUACCAGUCGAUACUCGACUUCAUCUCCUCUGACUAUGGUAGCAAUGGACCACCGGGCAAGCGAAUCAUCCUGCCAGCCAGGAUUAAAGGAAGUCCGCGCUCUAUGUUACAAGACUGCCAGGAAGCCAUGACCAUUGCAAAAUAUGGCAAGCCGGACUUCUUUAUAACGUUUACAUGUAACCCCAAAUGGCGGGAAAUUGAAGAGAGCCUUCAGCCAGGACAGACUGCCACCGACCGUCCUGACAUGAUUGCGAGAGUUUACAAGUGCAAGUUCGCCACCCUCAUGGAGCUACUUCUCACAAAACACGCCUUCGGCCGCGUCGUAAGUUACGUAUCAGUCUUCGAGUGGCAGAAGCGAGGAUUGCCACACACGCACUCCUUCUUAUCUUGGAUAACGACUUGA